AUGGUGCUAGCUGUAGCUGCUCCACACAAACGUCGUCACCACGAUGCAUUUGCCUCUGCCCCCCACGAUCCAGACCAUGACAUUGACGACAACAUGUCGCCCUCUCCGUCUCAAUCUCCUCCGCCAGGUGCAAUCCCAAUCGCAGGCAUGAUCGCUUCUCGGCAUCAAUCCCAUCAUCGCAACCAACAUCUCCACCAUCCUCAACUCGAUCCGAGCAACGACACCUUUGAUCACGUACCGUUUCACGAUGCUUCCAACGCUUCCAAUGCGUCCAGCUCCACCAAGCAUUGCUGCGAUAUAUGCUCCAAGACCUUCGCUCGCUACGAACACAUGCUUCGCCAUCGUGCCUCCCACACCAAUGCUGCUCCCUUCGCCUGCUCAGACUGCGGCAAACGGUUUCGUAGAAGCGAUGUCCUCCAACGCCAUCGCAAGCUCCACCUCAUUCGCAAGGAGCGCUCGCUCGACGAAAGCAAUGCAAAACUCACAAAGCGCCAACGUUCAGCCCUGCAUCGAGUCGAUGCCGCCUGUCUUCGCUGCUCUUCCAAGAAGCUCAAGUGUGAUGCCAAAAAACCUUGUUGCUCCCGCUGUCUUCGCAUGCCCGAUGUCCAGUGCACAUAUCCUUCAAAUUCCCACCAGUCUCCCUCACCAUCCAGUAGCUCACGCACCAGGUCAGCCUCGAUAGCCAUCGACAAUGUCCAGCAAGCGGAUGCUGAGGCCAACAAUGACAACGACGAAGAUGAAAACAAUGUUUCCGUUGGCAACGAUGCUCCUCCAGUCGCCUCCCUCACACCAUACCUAGAACAGCCACAAGUUUCUAGCCCCGCGAGUCUAUCGGCAACUGCUUCCUUCGUCGCGUCCGCAGAACCCUCUCUUGCAAACAUGGCGCUACCACUCAACUUGGAUCGUAAUCGCAAAGAAAUACACUUUCAAGAACCCCACUUUUCAUCCACUGUGCCUGCUUCCUUGCUACCACUGGCCAGCCCUAUCACCACCGAGUCCAAUCCGCCCGUACCCUUUCACCAAACACAUUCUCUGCACACAUCUGCAACUAGUAGUCAUCUGGUGGCUGCCACUCCUACCUCUGCAAAUGCGAUGCAUACCUCAGCACCGCCACUCAACUCCACCGCUGUCUACGAAGAUCGCUCCAUGACCGACUUGCUCGAAUGGCUCGAUGGAGCCAAGCGCACCAUUUCCAACACCGAGUCCGGACAAAUCGACUGGAUCUUUGCAGACAGUCCCGAAGCGCCUCCACUGCUUGACUGGAAUCAGAUGCAUCAGUGGGCCAACUUUGAUCUUGCAGCUUGCGCUGAUGACUCGUUGCUUGCGGGCACUGCUCCAUCAAGCUCAAGCUUAGUAUCGCGUCAACAACAGCCUCAGCACGCUUCGCUCAACGAGGCUCUUGAGCAGCAGCCGAACCUUUUGUCCAUGCUCAGUUCGGCGGCAGAGAUGAUGGACAAUGUUCAACGAACGCCUCAGUCCAGCCUGCCACCACAUGUCGGUUCAAGGAAUGCAGGUGCAACACCAGUAGCAGGCGCCUCCAUGUCCACCGCUGCCUCACCUCGAACUGCCACUCCAAAUCACGCUUUAGGUGCAGUUGCCGGUACAAACAGACCACCUGCCCGUGGCCGAUCUCGAUGGAAUAGCCCAGAGCUUGCGGAUGACGAGCUAGCUGCCCUCGACCACGCAAAGUUCGAUCCCGUCGAAGCCAAACGAGAUUUAGAGAUCACAAAAGAUGACGACGGCUUGCGCCCAGCGAGCCAGGCCACAGGAUCAAGACACCUUCGGGCCUCCGCCGUGCAAGCCUGGCCCAAUCGAUGGAAUCCUGCGCUCAAAGAGAACCAGCUUCCCGAAUUCACGUUCUCCAACGCCUCCGAGGAACACCUCAUGUCCGAAGACAUGGCUCACGUCAAGCGCGUCAAUCGAACCGCCAUGACGCGCAUGGCCGAGCAUCUCAAGAACGCAGCGCAAAGUCCGAUCGAGCUAGAACGCUUUGAGGCCGCCUUUUCCACGCUGGAUGCAUCCACCCUCAACGUCUACCUGCAGCUGUUCUUCCACCAUUGCUACACGUAUCUCCCCGCCAUCCAUCAAGCCACCUUUGAUCCGGAUCAAUGCGAUCCGCGCUUGCUAGCCGCAUUGUGUGCGGUGGGCGCCUUUUUUUCCGAGGUGCCAGGCAGUCGCAAUGCUGCCGUCUAUCUCGCCAGUCUUACCCAGAUGAGCGUCAGUCGAGCCACGCUGUCCAACAACGCCAUGGCCAGAGUCACUUCGACAUUCCAGUCGAUUCUGCUCAUUUACAUGAUCUGGCGCAGUGUCGGUGUCCCCGCUCGUCAGGAGUAUGCAGAGGCAUUCCGCUCCACCUACUGCACCAUGGUCCGACGCUGCAGGCUGCUGGAAAACAUCUCGCCGCCCAAGCUAGCUGCAGAUGUUAGCCUCGACGAACGUUGGAUGGCGUGGGUGGCGUGGGAGACGGGUCGGCGUACCGCGUGGGCGACGUUGGUGUCAGAGACAGAGCUGUCGCUGCACUGGAACCUGCCCGAACCUUUUGCACCCAACGAGUUGACGGGAAAGCUGCCCUGCGAUGACCAGCUGUGGCAAGCGCCCUCGGCGAUCGAAUGGGCGCAAACGGCAAAGAUGCUCUCGCCCAUCCACAGACGAGGUGUCGACCUUGACCAUCAGCUGAUGCCUGUCCAUGCCGAGGAGCAAGCACAUGCCGACUUUGUCUGGCCAGACAGCUCGGAGUACCUCGACGUUCACCAGGCUUGUGACAUUAUUCAGCGGACGGCUCAAUCGCGCCCCGAGGGUCACUCGUCCUCUGUCACGGACCAAGAACGCGAGUCACUGGUGCGAUUGUCGCCUUUCAGCCGGCUGUGUGUUGGGUCAGCCUUGAUGCUUUCCACACACCAAGCGGUGAAGAUGGUCCGGUUUUGCACGAUGCUCCUUGGAGACGAGGAACAGGCGCUUGAGAGGAUGCGCGCGUAUCUCUCCGCUGCUACCGAUCUCCUGGACACCAAACAGCCGCGAGACGCACGGGUCGCGCUGCUGCUCCAUGCCAUUCAGCUGUUUGCGCUCGUAUCUCCUGAAACGCUUCAGGUGCUCUCGUGCCGGCGUGGCGCGCAACGCAUGCAUGCGGCUCGACUAGAGCUGAGUACCGAGCUCAACGAGACCAAACCUUGGAAGACCGCAUCGAUCGUCUUCCAUGCCGGUCAAAUGCUGCGACACGCCAAGCAGAGUCUCGAGAGAGCGCCGGUUGAGUGCUUGCACAUUUUUUACGCUGCAGUCGCCUUGCAUUCCGUCUCGCUGGUCGUGCUGCAACAAGACAGACACGCAUCCCCGGGUCAGAUUGUACGGAUUUCAUUCUACAGCUCAGCAGCAUCUUCGGCGCGGGCGGCACGGCCUGCAGGACCUUGGCGAAAGUGCUCUUCAGCGUCGUCGAUGGCGUCGUCCACCUCACCUUCGUCGUCUCAUGGCGGCAACAGCUUGAUGGAUACAGGCUUCGCCCAGGCAGACGGUCGUGCAGAACACAGGACAACAUACAUGCUUGAAUCAGUCGGCAAUCUCGCCCAUUCCAUGGCUCCUGCAAGAGUGCUUUCGUUGGCGUCAAGGUGGCUGCAAGCAAGGGAUGGUGCGGGAGUAUGGCCAAUCGGUCAGUCGCUCGCAAAGAUCCUGGACUCGUUGGCGACGCUUCCGCUCAGGUAA